AAUGUUAAAUGCAAUAUGCUCUUGAAAAUUUUGUGUUAUGUCAUGGUUAGUAGAAUUUUGUUUUGUUUUCGGUUUUUCAGGCCAGCCAAAGCUGCCAGAGUCGUCCCUGUCUACAUCCUCCUCGCUUUUUGUAUUGUUCUUCUUCCAAAAACAGGCGAAAUUUCUUGCAGAACCGAAAACCACCGCUCUUACUCUUCCCAAACGAAGAAGGAGAAUCGAGGUCUGAAAAUGGCGAGCUGCCCGUGCUGUAAUCCUUCGAUUUUUGUAAAAUCAAUGAACAAAACCUUCCUCAGAUCCAGGACGUCACUAGUUGAGAUGAGGUCGUUCCGUACGAGGCCAGCGGUUUCUAGGGUUUCAGGUGCUCGAGCUUCGAUGGUGGACUCCUACGAGAGCUCCUCCAAUUUCGCUAAGCGCAUGGAACAGGCAUGGGUCAUCUCUCAGCAACCGAGGCCAAUUGCAUGCUCUUCUUGCAACACAAGCGGGCACGUUGAAUGCAAAUGGUGUGGAGGUACAGGCUUCUUUAUUCUCGGUAAUAAUAUGCUCUGCCAAGUACCCUCCAGAAACACCAAUUGUGUUAUUUGUGGUGGAAAGGGUUCGAUGUGCUGCUCCGAUUGCAAAGGAACAGGUUUUCGUGCCAAGUGGUUGGGGGAGCCUCCCAUUUCUAACUAGUCUAAUGGUUCUGGCUCCCUGUAGUUCAAAAGAAGGCAACCAUCAAGUAAAGUGACAGAUGUUUUAUGCUGUGAUUUGUUUAUUUCCAAUCUGGAGUUACUGGCCUCUCCCGAUCAGAGUGUAAAUUCUUUUAGGAUUAUGCGACAAAUCACACCCAUGUUACCUUAAAGAAAUUACCUCUGUUGUACCAUUUUCAAUCUUACAGGAUGCAAGCAAAGUCUUGUCCUACGGUUGUCAUGUUUUGUGAGUUUCAAUUCAGACCUAAGAUCUCAAUUUGUUUACAUAAAAUAUAAUGCAAAUUCAAAA